AUGGGCUUCCUCAUACCAAGAAUGGAGAUGAACAGCCCUCUCCACAGCUCUCUACCCAGCCCUUUCCCCAGUACAGAACUGCACCCCUCUGUAGCCCUGAGGUGCCUGUGGCUGCUCCCGUGCUGGAAUGGGAACCAUGUGCUGUGGAAAGUGUUGCAGUCAUUGCCAACAGGAGGUGACUCCAACUGACCAGGUCUCGGAGCAGGGCAGGAGGGGAAGUGGAGGGGGCUGGCCCUGAGCCCUGGGUCUGGAGAGCAGGCAUGUCAGACGUAUGGAGGAAAACCUCACCCUGACAUCUCACUCUGGACACAGGAAGAGCCAUGCCAUCAAUCACUUUAAAUGAUAACAGGGUUUAGGAUGGGCCUUUUGUUUUGGAAACAUAAAGCUGUGUAAAGGUAUACGUUCUUGAUGUUGUUUAGUCAUAUCUACAUCAUUAUAAACUCCUGCAAUCUUCCUCAAUAAAACCCAAAGCGCUGAAUACACCAAGCCCAGUGAAGUUGGAUCUUGUGGAAAGCAGGGCAGCUAUCAUAAGAUCCCUAUCCACUGAGCUCUCCUCACUCUCACACCCUCCUUUCAGCACCCUGUCUUCACAGCCAGGGCCAACACACACACACACACACACACACACACACACACACACACACACACACACACAGAGCCUUGCGGUUGCUUCUCCUCCUCUGGAAUCGUAUAUAUUUUUUCCCAUAACUCCCUGCUCUCCACAGGACCCCAGCUUAUCUCAGUUACAUUAAAGCCAGGAGCAGUAGCCCUAACACUGGGGUCAUUGUUAUGGUGUGUUUGAGUGCCCUCACUGUCCCUUACCCUUGCCUCCUCAGCCCUCCUUUCCACUAGUCUACAGUCUUAGUACUGGCCAUGGGUGGAUUAGGCUACACAGACCAAAAGCAUAGCGACGCUUCAGUCUAUGGACCUUCAUCAGACUGAAUCAGGCCUACAGGAGGAGAUGCAGACUGGUCUGCUGCGUAUAAAGGUUUUAGACUAGAAGCUACGGCUAGCCAGCUGGGAGCGCUGGGGAUGAUGAUGCAGUUAUGUAAGGCAGCAGCUAACAGACAGAGCCUGUUCCAUACACAAUGGGAAUAAAGCAGGCCUUUUAAACGCAGGAGUUUAUCAUUGUUUACGUGAUUAGGCCAUUUAAUGGCCUUCAGCCAGGCUCUGCUCUGCUGCUCUAGGGACUUUACUGGAAGUGGAUGAGGAGAGAGGAUGACUAGGCACAUUGAAUGAGCUGUUUAGCGGUGUGUGUAUAAAGAUGUUUAUUUAAGGGUUAAUCCAGUAGAGGAAUUCUGGUUUAUGCUCUACAGUAUCUCACAAGUGUCAUUUAAAAGCAGUUUGCAUAGUUUGUCGGUCUAGCCCCUACCCCUGUCCUCUUUCCUGGUGUCAGCCUGCAGCCGUGGCUCCACCACCCUGGAGAGGAGCAUUUUAGUAGCUCCAGGUGUUCCCCUCUGCCGUACCGUGUGCCUUCCCUGGUGCCCGUGGGCCUCGUUGUGUUACGGCUCACAUUGUUCCGUGGGCAUUGUGUGUGACCCUGAUAGGGAAGCAGCUGUGUUAGGUGGCCAUGCCAGAGCAGCCAUCUUGGCAGCGAGACACAGGCCUGCACAGGCCCUCCACCAGGUGCCCGCUUCGAUGAGCGCCACACAGGAUGGCCCCCUACAUCCAUCCCUUCUCUGGCUCUCUUCCUCCCUGACAGCCCUUAUCAACCCGUUACAUCUGAUGAUGAAGGCUGGCUGGCUGGCUGGCUGGCUGGCUGGCUGGCAGGCAGAGGGGUUGGGGAAACACACUUUAUCAUAACAUAAAGGGAGAGAUGAGAGGAGUGAAGAAAGGCAUUUCACAGAAACUGGGCAUCGUUUUCCUGCCAGGCUGAGGGCAUGAUCUCCCCUGUGAGGUAAGAAAGUGAGUGAGAGAUCCAUGGUCACAGCGUCAUACAGUGUAGGAAGGCUUAGCAAGAGACAGGGUACUUUUUCAGUGUACAGAACUGCAUGUCCAGUGGAAAUGUUGGAUUUGCUACAUGACACCACAAUGGAUUAUGCAUUUGUGUGAAUGAAAAGAAGAUGUACUGUAGGCAGAUGUGUGUGGGCCUGUGUGUUGUAUGUGUGCAUAACCUGUGUGUGUUUAACGUCUGUGUCUUGACAUGAGCAGUGGAAGCUGUGUGGAAGCUGUGGGUCUGGGAGCAGGAAGUGACUCAGUAUUGACUUCGCUCACUUCCUGCCCGUGUUGCAGGAGGCUGCAGCUCCUCUGUCACUCCUCUCAGGAUGUUUUCCCCUCCUCCUCCACUCUCCUCUCCUCUGUUUCACUCACUAUAAGUCUGCUGGCCUGAGCCAUUACCUCAUCCGAGAGUCCAGAGCAUGACCCUCCCCUCACCGGCCCUGACUGACUGCCUGGCUGCCUGGAGGUUACAUCACAGCUACUGGAUAAUACCGUUGAAGUUAGCUCACCUCAGACUGCCUGCUGAGAACCAAGGCUACUCACUCAGUGUCAACGAGUAGGACAGUUCUGUCUAUUCUAGGGCAAUUCCACAGUAACAGAAUGAUGCUGAAACUCUGAUUUUUCACUUUAAAAGCAUACGAAACAAAUACCAUUGAUUGCAAAGUUAAACAAACCAUACAACUCUAUGCACAAGGACUACUUUAAACAAUUUCCACUGAAAAUCGUACAAUAAGUGAAGUGGAUUAACACCCAGUAACAGAAUGACAUCAUGGGUUCUUGAUCUGCACUAUAAAGAAAUGCAUAAUUAUGAAUGUAAUUUUCUUCAUGGUGAUGUAUCCUAAAUAGGUACACAAAGGGAGAAAAAUGUAAUAUCCUCCUUUGCAUGUUUUGGUAUUAUUCUACACAAUGGCUAUUAUUCUAAUGAGCGCCGCCCCCAAACAAGACCAAAUUUGGUUAGUCCGGACUGGACCAAAUCUGUACCAAUCAUAGACGUGUAUGUUUCACAAGUUUGGAACUAAGUACAGCACAGUAGAGUACCGUACAGCACAACACAGCAGAGUUCAGUACAGUACUGUAAAUUAUACUGUACUCUACUCUAGUGUGCCGUACUGUAUUGUACUGACAUACACUGCUUUUAUUUUCUUUACUGUACUGUACUCUACUGUGCUGUCCAAACUUGUGAAACAGACAUGUACGAUUGGUUUAGAUAUAGACUCUUAGUUUUUAAACUUGUGAAACAGACGUCUAUGAUUGGUUUAGAUAUAGACUCUGAGCUUUCAUUUGAUGUGCUCCUAUGAACUUCAGAUGUUAGUGCUCAUGGAGCUUUUUACAUGGAAAUGUCCUCUAGCAGAUGCUGAGUCGUCAUUUUGCCCUUAAUGCUGCUGGAUAGAAUUGCUGCAGUAGUUAAAUGAUCACUGACAGUCCACACCACCAUCUAGAAAAGUUAUUACAAUGUUAUUACAAUGGCUAUGUCAGAAUGGUUUUGAUAUAAUUUUUCAUUAUCAAUAACCUACCCCUAAUGGGGACAUUUUGAGCUCAAUAGAGCAAAAUGAAUGGCACUCUGCCUACUGUAAUUGCUGUAUGGAAAACGGUGGCAUGCUGUAUUGAAUGGCCAGUUGAGUGGUAUUUCCUUCCGCUGUAUUCAGUGCAGUCCAGUGUUGCAGUGUUUCAGGGGAAUAAAGGUGUUUGAAUGUGAGCUCUUUUCCUGAGCCAGUGUGUUUUAAAUUCUCCUUCAUCCUCCACGUUGACUGCUGACGUGAGCCAUAGGAAGUAGUUAACGGGAGAGUGUGUGUGUGUGUGACUCAUUGUGGCUAGGGUGAAUUAAACAGCUGUGUUUCAGGCUCACUCUCUCUCUCUCUCUCUCUGUGGUGAUAUUCAGCCUAAUGUUCAUUCCACACAUCCCGUGUCUUCGCCCACGUUCUGUUCCUACACCACCGGCCUGCUGGCUCUGGCUAUGAUGACUGUAUGAAGGCAGCCAUUACUCCAUGAGUCAGAGAAGGAGCUCUAUACAAAAUAAACUCCUCUUCAUCAGAUGGGAGCCCACCACAAAUUAGUAGCGCUUGUCCAGUAAAAAUGACAAACUGCACUGAACAUAAUCAUAAAUGUCACCAAACCAAAUAAGAGGGAAAAAAGAAAAGCAAACAACCGUUGAAUGAAUAUGAUGACAGGGCCUUGAUCAGCUGAUGCCAAUUUCAAAAAGUGUAAAUGAGGUAUUGUGUGUAUACUGUUGGUCGAGAUGUAGAUUAGGAGUGUUCCACCCAAUGUCUUCUGCAUAUAGUGGAUACUCACAACUAUUUUUCUUCUUCCUCCCCAGUUCCCAGAGUGCGGCUUCUUUGGCAUGUAUGACAAAAUCCUGCUCUUCCGCCAUGACUUGAACUCUGAGAACAUUCUCCAGAGGCUGACGUCAGCAGAGGAUAUCCACGAGGGAGAUCUCAUAGAGGUGGUGCUCUCUGGUGAGUACCGUAGUACUGAUCUGGGUUCAGCUCUAACGGUUUUUAUUAACUUUUUCACCUGUUCUGUAGGCUAUCUGUACUAAUUCAGUAAAGUUUUUCUCUAAUUCAAACCUGUGUGUCGUACAGGACUGCUUCACUACUAUCUAAAGCGCACCUCCAUAGACACAGGUGGCUAGUUUCCCCUCUCUUUUCCUGUCACACAUGAUUUCAGUUUCCUGCUGACUAUUGAGUGUAACAAACACUGGCUUGUAAAAGCAUUCUGUUCCAUCCGUCUCAAUUGGGAAGCACCUGGACUGGACAUCCCUCUCUCCCUCUCUCUCUCCCUGGGGUAGAACUAGAAGCAUUGUCUGCAUGGAUCCAGACAUAAAAUAACUCUGCUGCCGGAUCGAUCUGAUCUGCUGGUGUUUAUCAGCGAGCCCCAGAGGAGUGUAUCCAUGAGACCUCUGGUUACCUCUGUCUGCUUCCCUCUGGGUUGAGACGGUUGACAGGGGUCAGCCUCAGUGUCGCACCUGGAUGACUGUGUGAGGUCAGAGUAAUUCCACAUCCACAAGCUCUACACCCACACUGCUACCUUGUCUUGGCCUUGUAGUUGGCCUACAUCUGCAGAAGAGAUCUACAUGUGUCAAACUGGUGCAAUACAAUCUCAAGAUUCUUUGCUGUUCUAGUCUUGCAGACUGAAAACAGGAAUUUUCUAAUUAUACUAUUUUUCCUUCCCUUAGUUGCUUUUAAUUUGAAUUAAUACUUUAAAGACACCAUUCAUUUCGGUCAAUUCUUUGAGACCUGUUGUUCAGUUAUGUGACUGAGAGAGACAAACAGCUCAGUGGUUUGGUCCUAAAACCUCCCUCACUGUUAGAGGCCAGAGCUGAUUUCUCUUGGCGCUGGACUCAAAGGGCCUGGCUUGUUUUCUCUGCAGUAAGUGAUUGUAGUGGACCCACUGAGUAUAAACAUGCUGGGAUGUGCAGGGCGGCUCUGAAAAGAGUGGACAGGUCUAUCACGACUCAGGAUAUGACCCAGAUGCAGACACAGGAGCCGGAUUGUUUGAUUCUCCGAAUAUUUAUUAUAACAAAGGGACAGGCAAAGGGCAGGUCGAGGGCAGGCAGAGGUUCGUAAUCCAAGGCAGAGUCAAUCAGGAACAGAAUGGCAGGCAGGCUCAGGGUCAGGACAGGCAGAAAGGUCAAAACCGGGAAGACUAGAAAACAAAACUUGAGAACAGGACAAAUGGGAAACAUGCUGGUAAGACCUGACAAAACAAAACGAACUGGCAACAGACAAACAGAAAACACAGGUAUAAAUACACAGGAGAUAAGGGGGGAAAAUAGGAGACACCUGGUGGGGGGUGGAGACAAGCACAAGACAGGUGAAACAGAUCAGGGUGUGACAAGAUCAUCCCUAACCAGGGGUUUGGAAAUGUAGAGAGGGCUGUUUGCUCCAAGAAUCCCACUCACUGUUUGUUUCUCACUCAGUAUCCCUCCCAUUUUACAGGAUAUGACAUACAAAAAGUAUUGUGAAAGUAUUUACCACCCUUGGCAUUUUUCCUAUUUUGUUGCCUUACAACCUGGAAUUAAAAUGUAUUUUUGGGGGGUUUGUAUCAUUUGAUUUACACAACAUGCCUACCACUUUGAAGAUGCAAAAUAAAAAAAAUUGUCAAACAAAGAAGAAAUAUGUCAAUAUUUUGUAGAGCCACCUUUUGCAGCAAUUAAGCUUGGCACAUCUAGCCACUGGGAUUUUUGCCCAUUCUUCAAGGUGAAACUGCUCCAGCUCCUUCAAGUUGGAUGGGUUCCACUGGUGUACAGCAAUCUUUAAGUCAUACCACAGAUUCUCAAUUGGAUUGAGGUCUGGGCUUUGAAUGUUUCCCCUUAAACCACUCAAGUGUUGCUUUAGCAGUAUGCUUAGGUUCAUUGUCCUGCUGGAAGGUGAACCUCCGUCCCAGUCUCAAAUCUCUGGAAGACUGAAAUGUCCCUGUAUUUAGCACCAUCCAUCAUUCCUUCAAUUCUGACCAGUUUCCCAGUCCCUGCCAAUGGAAAAAACAUCACCACAGCAUGAUGCUGCCACCACGCUUCACUGUGGGGAUGGUGUUCUCGGGGUGAUGAGAGGUGUUUGCGCCAGACUUCCAUAUGUUUGGGGAAUCUCCCACAUGUCUUUUUGCAAACACCAAAUGUGUUUGCUUAUUUUUUUCUUUAAGCAAUGGCUUUUUUCUGGCCACUCUUCCGUAAAGCCCAGUGUACGGCUUAAAGUUGUCCUAUGGACAUAUACUCCAAUCUCCACUGUGGAGCUUUGCAGCUCCUUCAGGGUUAUCUUUGGUCUCUUUGUUGCCUCUCUGAUUAAUGCCCUCCUUGCCUGUGAGUUUUGGUGGGCAGCCCUCUCUUGGCAGUUUUGUUGUGGUGCCAUAUUCUUUCCAUUUUUUAAUAAUGGAUUGUUCAAAGUUUCGGAUAUUUUUUUUAUAACCCAACCCUGAUCUGUACUUCUCCACAACUUUGUCCCUGACCUGUUUGGAGAGCUCCUUGGUCUUCAUGGUGCCGCUUGCUUGGUGGUGCCCCUUGCUUAGUGGUGUUGCAGACUCUGGGGCCAUUCAGAACAGGUGUAUAUAUACUGAGAUCAUGUGACAGAUCAUGUGAUCUGUCAGUAUAUAUACUGAGAUCAUGUGACACUUAGAUUGCACACAGGUGGACUUUAUUUAACUAAUAAUGUGACUUCUUACAUUUACGUCAUUUAGCAGACGCUCCAGAGCGACUUACAGGAGCAAUUAGGGUUAAGUGCCUUGCUUAAGGGCACAUCGACAGAUUUUUCACCUAGUCGGCUCGGGGAUUAGAACCAGCAACCUUUCGGUUACUGGCACAACGCUCUUACCCACUAAGCUACCUGCCGUCCCAGGUAAUUGGUUGCACCAGAUCUUAUUUAGGGGCUUCAUAGCAAAGGGGGUGAAUACAUAUGCACGCACCAAUUUUACGUUAUUUAUUUUUAAUACUUUUUUGAAACAAGGGAUUUUUUUCAUUUCACUUCACCAAUUUGGACUAUUUUGUGUACUGUCGUGGUCUAAAGUUUUGAGAAUGACACAAGUAUUGGUCUUCACAAAGUUUGCUGCUUCAGUGUUUUUAGAUAUUUUUGUCAGAUGUUACUAUGGUAUACUGAAGUAUAAUUACAAGCAUUCCAUAAGUGUCAAAGGCUUUUAUUGACAAUUACAUUAAGUUUAUGCAAAGAGUCAAUAUUUGCAGUGUUGACCCUUCUUUUUCAAGACCUCUGCAAUCCGCCCUGGCAUGCUGUCAAUUAACUUCUGGGCCACAUCCUGACUCAUGGCAGCCCAUUCUUGCAUAAUCAAUGCUUGGAGUUUGUCAGAAUUUGUGGGGUUUUGUUUGUCCACCCGCCUCUUGAGGAUUGACCACAAGUUUUCAAUGGGAUUAAGGUUCGGGGAUUUUCCUUGCCAUGGACCCAAAAUGUCGAUGUUUUGUUCCCCGAGCCACUUAGUUAUCACUUUUGCCUUAUGGCAAGGUGCUCCAUCAUGCUGGAAAAGGCAUUGUUCGUCACCAAACUGUUCUUGGAUGGUUGGGAGAAGUUGCUCUCGGAGGAUAUGUUGGUACCAUUCUUUAUUCAUGGCUGUGUUCUUAGGCAAAAUUGUGAGUGAGCCCACUCCCUUGGCUGAGAAGAAACCCCACACAUGAAUGGUCUCAGGAUGCUUUACUGUUGGCAUGACACAGGACUUAUGGUAGCGCUCACCUUGUCUUCUCCGGACAAGCUUUUUUCCGGAUGCCCCAAACAAUCGGAAAGGGGAUUCAUCAGAGAAAAUGACUUUACCCCAGUCCUCAGCAGUCCAAUCCCUGUACCUUUUGCAGAAUAUCAGUCUGUCCCUGAUGUUUUUCCUGGAGAGAAGUGGCUUCCUCGCUGCCCUUCUUGACACCAGGCCAUCCUCCAAAAGUCUUCGCCUCACUGUGAGUGCAGAUGCACUCACACCUGCCUGCUUCCAUUCCUGAGCAAGCUCUGCACUGAUGGUGCCCCGAUCCCGCAGCUGAAUCAACUUUAGGAGACGGUCCUGGCGCUUGCUGGACUUUCUUGGGCGCCCUGAAGCCUUCUUCACAACAAUUGAACCUCUCUCCUUGAAGUUCUUGAUGAUCCGAUAAAUGGUUGAUUUAGGUGCAAUCUUACUAGCAGCAAUAUCCUUGCCUGUGAAGCCCUUUUUGUGCAAAUCAAUGAUGACGGCACGUGUUUCCUUGCAGGUAACCAUGGUUAACAGAGAAAUAACAAUGAUUUCAAGCACCACCCUACUUUUAAAGCUUCCAGUCUGUUAUUCUAAAUCAAUCAGCAUGACAGAGUGAUCUCCAGCCUUGUCCUCGUCAACACUCUCACCUGUGUUAACGAGAGAAUCACUGACAUGAUGUCAGCUUGUCCUUUUGUGGCAGGGUUGAAAUGCAGUGGAAAUGUUUUUUGGGGAUUAAGUUAAUUUUCAUGGCAAAGAGGAAUAUUGCAAUUCAUUGCAAUUCAUCUGAUCACUCUUCAUAACAUUCUGGAGUAUAUGCAAAUUGCCAUCAUAAAAACUGUGACAGCAGACUUUGUGAAAAUUAAUAUUUGUGUCAUUCUCAAAACGUUUGACCACGACUGUAUGUCCAUUACAUAAAAUACAAAUACAAAUCCAUUUAAAUUACAGGUUGUAAUGCAACAAAAGAGGAAAAACGCCAAGGGGGAUGAAUACUUUUGCAAGGCACUGUAUACGCAUGUGAAAAUGAUAUUUGUUUUAUAGCACUUUUAGUCUGUGAAGAAUGCUACAAACAAUAACCUUUGAAUUAUGUCUGAUGGACACUUGUGAAGCCUGAUUAGUCAAAAAUGAAAACAAUCAGACAUCACAUUGAUGUCAGGCCUGCUCCUUGUGAAAAACUCCUUAUUGGCUCAAUCUUCUGUGGAGAUUGAUGCAAAACAUCUCAAACUCCAUUUCAUAAAGUUGAGGCCGUUAAUUGGCUGUGCGUUUCUUUCCUCGAUGUGUUUGAAAAGCUCAUGAAUACCUUAUUUCUCUGUUUGUGACAGGGAGCUAUGAAUAGUGUGAUGGCAUGUGACUUUUUUAAGUUCUUCCUCCGCUUUGAAGUUUAACACAAAAUCUGGUUCUCCAAACAUAUUUUUUGUUUCAGAUGUCUCAUGCCUUAGCUCAGGGUUUCUCAAAGUGGGGUGUGCAGGGGGUCCUCGGCCAGAUCUCAAAAUAUAUAUAUUUUUAUAUAUAUAUGAAUAUUACUAACAACAACAGAUUAAACCAAAUUUUGGCCAAGGGAUCCAUGGAAUACGUUUAGAGGGUGUAAUACAAUACAAUACAACCCUGGGCAACAUGGAUAUUGGAUAUAACAGGGAUAUUGGUAUCCACAGUUCUUGAAUUCUUGUAUUCCCCCAAUGAUUAUUAGUUUUCUCUCUGCCUCAUGUAAAAAAAAAAAAUGAAUUGCAUGAUUUAAAGCUGCGACAUCAGAAAAUCUCUCUGCCACAUGACAAAGUCUGUAGAAUUGCAGGAAAUUAGCUUGAAAACUGUUAAAUGUUCUCUCUGAUGCAGAGAGGCUAGCCUUUAAAAUGUUCCUUUCCAGGGCCCGAAACUUGGUUUGUCCAGCCAUUCACUGCCGAAGUCAGAUUAAAACUCCUUGUAUGCUAUUUUUAUCUCACUCGAGUUGUGUUCUGAUUUUGAUGAAUUUGCUAUCACAAAAGGGGUCCCCGGACCCAAAAGGUUUGAGAACCCCUGCCUUAGCUUGUUUACUGUUGCUAAACCUUAAAGAAAGUAACUUUCAAAGAAACAAAUUCCUCCUGACAUAAACUGUCUAAUCAAUAAGACAAUCAUGUUCAAGUUAUCAGCAACCACAUUUCAGCUUAUUUUUUUAUGGAAAUUAAUCUAUAAAGUUGAUAAAAUAUAUAUUAUUCAUAUGGAGUUGCUGUGUGUCCAUAUGUAUCUCGUCAUGGCAACAGCUACUGAGAAUGUCCCUGGUGCAUCUUGCGUGGGAUGCUGGGAUUUCGUCUUGAUCUUAUUAGAAAAUUGGUCCUGAAAAAAAACACCCAUAAACCCACUGAAACACAAAACCCCACCCAAAUAGUUAGUGACAUGUCACGCGACGUGUAUGCGGUCAGCGAAGUCAAACGCAGGACACAGAGCGGCUGGCAGCGUACUUUUACUGAACACAGUAAUAAACGUACAAAACACAAUACCCGUACACAAAGCAACUGCUGGAAUGACAAGAACAAUCACACACAAUAACCAAUGAGAGACAGGGGGUAAUAUAGGGAAUACAAUACAACAUAAUGGGAAACAGGUGUAAACAAUAAAGACCAAACAAGACAAACACCGAAGCAUCGAUCGGCAGUAGCUAGUACUCCGGGGACGACGAACGCCGAAGCCUGCCCGAGCAGCCUCGGCUGAAUCCGUGACAGUACCCCCCCCCUUGACCCCGGCCUUGGGGACGGCCAGGAGGACGCGGAGCAGGGUGAGUCGGAUGACUCCGGUGGAAAUCCCUCAAGAGGGAGGGAUCUAGGAUGUCCCUCCUAGGGACCCAGCACCGUUCCUCCGGACCGUACCCCUCCCACUCCACGAGAUACUGCAGACCCCCCAUCCGACGCCUCGAAUCCAAGAUGGAACGGACUGAGUACGCCGGAGCCCCCUCGAUGUCUAGUGGGGGCGGAGGAGCCUCUCGUACCUCAUUCUCCUGGAGUGGACCAGCUACCACCGGCCUGAGGAGAGACACAUGGAACGAGGGGUUAAUGCGGUAAUUAAUGGGCAGUUGUAACCUAUAACAUACCUCGUUCAAUCUCCUCAGGACUUUAAAUGGCCCCACAAACCGCCGACCCAGCUUCCGGCAGGGCAGGCGAAGGGGCUCACUGCGGUGGCGAUGGGUGCUCGCCUUUUUCCGCCUGAUAGCCCGCUGCAAAUGGACAUGCGCAGCAUUCCAUGUUUCCUCCGAGCGCCGAAACCACUCAUCCACCGCAGGGGCUUCGAUCUGGCUCUGAUGCCAGGGUGCCAGGACCGGCUGAUAACCCAGCACACACUGAAAAGGCGUAAGAUUAGUGGAGGAGUGGCGGAGUGAGUUUUGGGCUAUCUCUGCCCAGGGGAUAUACCCCGACCACUCCUCCUGCCGGUCCUGGCAAUAGGACCUCAGAAACCUACCCACAUCCUGGUUUACUCUCUCCACCUGCCCAUUACUCUCAGGGUGAAAACCUGAGGUCAGGCUAAUCGAGACCCCCAGACGUUCCAUAAACGCCCUCCAGACUCUAGAGGUGAAUUGGGGACCCCGAUCAGACACUAUAUCCUCAGGCACCCCGUAGUGCCGGAAGACGUGAGUAAACAGGGCGUCGGCAGUUUGUAGGGCUGUAGGGAGACCUGGCAUAGGAAUGAGAAGGCAGGCCUUAGAAAACCGAUCCACAACGACCAAGAUCGUAGUGUUCCCCUGGGAGGGGGGAAGGUCCGUGACAAUAUCCACCGAUAGGUGAGACCACGGCCGUUGUGGAACGGGUAGGGGUUGUAACUUCCCUCUGGGCAGGUGUCUACGCGCCUUACACUGGGCGCACACCGAGCAGGAGGAAACGUACACCCUCACGUCCCUAGCUAAAGUGGGCCACCAGUACUUCCCACUAAGGCAGUGCACUGUCCGACCAAUACCAGGAUGACCAGAGGAGGGUGACGUGUGAGCCCAAUAUAUCAGUCGAUCACGAACCUCGAGCGGCACGUACUUCCGUCCCUUUAGACACUGUGGGGGAGUAGGGUCGGCACGUAACGCCCGCUCGAUGUCCGCAUCGACCUCCCACACCACCGGUGCCACCAUACAAGACUCCGGAAGUAUGGGAGUGGGCUCAAUGGACCUCUCCUCUGUGUCAUAUCGUCGGGACAGGGCAUCUGCCUUAGCGUUCUGUGACCCUGGUCUAUAAGUGAGCUUAAAUACAAAUCGGGUAAGAAACAUGGCCCACCUAGCCUGGCGAGGGUUCAGUCUCCUCGCUGCCCGGAUGUACUCCAGGUUACGAUGGUCAGUCAGAAUGAGAAAAGGGUGUUUAGCCCCCUCAAGCCAAUGCCUCCACACCUUUAGGGCUUGAACCACUGCUAGCAGCUCCCUGUCCCCCACGUCAUAAUUGCGCUCCGCCGGACUGAGCUUCUUAGAAUAGAAAGCACAGGGGCAGAGUUUUGGUGGCGUGCCCGAGCGCUGAGACAGUAUAGCACCGAUCCCCGCCUCGGACGCAUCCACCUCAACUUGGAACGCCAAAGAGGGAUCCGGAUGUGCCAGCACUGGAGCCGAGGUGAACAGGUCCUUCAGAUGUCUAAACGCCCUGUCCGCCUCAGCCGACCACUGCAGACGCACCGGGCCCCCCUUUAGCAGGGAGGUGAUGGGAGCUGCUACCUGUCCAAAGCCCCGGAUAAACCUCCGGUAGUAAUUGGCAAAACCCAAAAACCGCUGCACCUCCUUCACCGUGGUGGGAGUCUGCCAAUUACGCACGGCUGAAACGCGGUCAAUCUCCAUCUCCACCCCUGACGUGGACAACCGAUGUCCCAGGAAGGAGAUGGACUCCUGGAAGAACAGACAUUUCUCCGCCUUCGCAUAUAAGUCAUGCUCCAACAGUCUACCAAGCACCCGACGCACCAGGGACACAUGCUCGGCUCGUGUAGCGGAGUAUAUUAGAAUGUCAUCAAUAUACACCACUACACCCUGUCCAUGCAAAUCCCGGAAAAUCUCGUCCACAAAAACGAUUGGAAGACUGAAGGAGCAUUCAUUAAACCGUAUGGCAUGACGAGGUACUCAUAGUGACCCGAGGUGGUACUGAAUGCUGUCUCCCUCCCUAAUGCGCACCAGGUUGUACGCGCUCCUGAGAUCCAAUUUUGUGAAGAAUCGCGCCCCGUGUAAUGACUCCAUCAUACUAGCAAUCAGAGGGAGAGGAUAGCUGUAUUUGAUUGUAAUCUGAUUGAGACCACAGUAAUCAAUACACGGGCGUAAACCCCCAUCCUUUUUUCUUCACAAAAAAUAAACUUGAGGACGCAGGGGAAGUGGACGAUCGUAUGUAUCCCUGUCUCAGAGAUUCGGUGACGUAUGUCUUCAUAGCCGCAGUCUCCUCCUGAGACAGAGGAUACACAUGACUACGAGGAAGCGCAGCGCCUACCGGGAGGUCUAUCGCACAAUCCCCCUGUCGAUGAGGUGGUAAUUGAGUUGCCUUCUUUUUACAGAAGGCGAGUGCCAAAUCGGCAUACUCAGGAGGAAUGUGCAUGGUGGGAACUUGGUUCGGGCUUUCCACCGUCGUUGCCCCUACGGAAACACCUACACACCGCCCGACACACUGAUCAGACCAUCCCUUGAGAGCCCUCUGUUGCCAUGAAAUGUUGGGGUCAUGUGAUGUUAACCAGGGAAGCCCCAACACCACGGGAAACGCAGGAGAGUCAAUCAAAUAUAACCGUAUAAUCUCCUCAUGGCCCUCCUGCGUCUUCAUCUUAAGUGGCGCUGUGACCUCCCUAAUCAAUCCCGACCCCAAAGGGCGGCUAUCUAGGGCAUGGAUGGGGAAGGGCACAUCAACUGGUACAAUAGGAAUCCCUAACUUAUAUGUGAAACGGCGAUCGAUAAAAUUCCCAGCUGCGCCUGAAUCUACUAGCGCCUUAUGCUGGGAGUGAGGAGAAACCUCGGGAAACACAACUUAAAUACACAUAUGUGCAACAGAGAGCUCUGGGUGAGUUGGGUGCUUACUCACCUGGAAUGACUCAUCAGUGCGCUGGCUACUGCCUCGAUUCCUAGGAGACCCUCCCCAGCACCGACCCGCAGUGUGUCCUCUGCGGCCACAGUUGGUGCAGGGGACGGCCUCUCUCCUGGUCUCUCUCCUGGACUCCCUAGCACCAGCACCCCUGAGCUCCAUAGGGCUCGGCUCGGAAGUGCUGGGGGAUGGAAUGGACGGCCUCGACUCCGGACGUCCGCGGGUAGCCAACAGGGUAUCUAGGCAAAUCGACAUGUCCACCAGCUGAUCAAAGCUUAGGUUGGUGUCCCUGCAGGCCAAUUCCCGACGCACGUCCUCCCUCAGGCUGCACCUGUAGUGGUCGAUGAGGGCCCUCUCAUUCCAUCCCGCCGCCUUCCCCUCUGGGGGAUAAUCGAACACCGCCCUGAAGCGGCGGGUGAACUCUGCAUAGUUGACUGUAGCGGCGUCUAUUCCCCCCCACUCGGCGUUGGCCCACUCCAGCGCCUUGCCGGACAGAAAGGAGAUGAGGGCGGACACAUCUCGUAUCCCGAGGGCACCGGGUGGAUGGUUGCUAGGUAGAGUUCCACUUGGAGCAGGAAACCCUGACACCCGGCCGCUGUGCCAUCAUAAGCCCUCGGGAGCGAGAGCCGAAUCCCACUGGACCCCGGAGGUGAAGCGAUGGGUAUAGCUGAUGGUGGUGGUAUCGUCAGAGGAGGUGUGGGCAAACCUCCUCUUUCCCAUCGCUCCAUGGUGUUCACCACCCGUUCCAUGGCGGUGCCGAGAGCCUGGAUCAUGGCCGCUUGUUGUGCUACGCGCUCCUCCAUUGAUCCAGCUGGCACCGCCGCUCCUGCUGACUCCAUGUCUAGGUGUGUGAUUCUGUCACGCGACGUGUAUGCGGUCAGCGAAGUCAAACGCAGGACACAGAGCGGCUGGCAGCGUACUUUUACUGAACACAGUAAUAAACGUACAAAAACAACAAACCUCCAAACAGGGAGAAAAACACAAUACCCGUACACAAAGCAACUGCCGGAAUGACAAGAACAAUCACACACAAUAACCGAUGAGAGACAGGGGGUAAUAUAGGGAAUACAAUACAACAUAAUGGGAAACAGGUGUAAACAAUAAAGACCAAACAAGACAAACACUGAAACAUCGAUCGGCAGUAGCUAGUACUCCGGGGACGACGAACGCCGAAGCCUGCCCGAGCAAGGAGGAGGAGCAGCCUCGGCUGAAUCCGUGACAUGACAUCACACAGGGUUUUCCACCUAAAUUCUGGUAUAAAAGAUCCCCAUGAUUCCCUUGUUGGUCAAUGGUAAAACCAGAACAGCAUAAAUUAAUGCAAAAGAACUGUGAGAAAGAGACUUCUCUGUGUAGAUUCUCUUGAUUUGGACCUGCUCUGCUACUUCUCACUGCCAGUUCUGGUCCUUAGGGGAUGCAGUUGCACAGGUUUGGUAGCAAAUAGCGAUCUCUUAUUCACAUCUUGGAUGAGUCACUCCUGUGAACUAACUGUUCCUUCCAAGAACGACCUCAUCAAAUCCCUCUAACACAAACCACAACAGAAGAUGGAGCAAAGCCCCCUGGGUAAUGGGCCUACCUUGUAUUUCAGUCCAGAUAGGAAACAAACCCAACCAUAUUAUGAACUGAUUAACUCAUUGUCAUUAUAUGAUCUGGUCUUCUCUGGUCCUGUUCUGUUGAAUGAGACUCUGUCUGUCUGUGGUCUUUAGUGUGCUCUGUAAUGCCAGAUCACUCUGAAACAGAUAAUGUUGUAGACAACCUUGUAGCUUGCUGUUAAUUUCUGCUGUACCGACCCCUACUGUAAGGAGGCUGUUAUAGCACUGUGUUGUUAAUGGUAUGUAAUAGCACUGAGCCCUAGUGAGAAAACCAUGACCUCGGAACAUAACAUAUUUUCCCUCUGGCAUCUCCUACUGUACCUGACUGCCUCCCAUAUGAGCUUAUAGGGUACUUCCCAGGUCAGACUCUCAGAUACAGAUGCAUUGACUCCACCGUGUGAACAGUUUGUUCCCUGGAUCUGAGUUAUAGCCAGUUGUAUGCACACAGACAUACCAAUAUCACAGGUGAGGAUGAUCCAGUAGAUGGUCCUCUGUAGCUCAAUUGGUAGAGCACGGCGCUUGUAACGCCAGGGUAGUGGGUUCGAUCCCUGGGACCACCCAUACGUAAAAAUGUAUGCACACAUGACUGUAAGUCGCUUUGGAUAAAAGCGUCUGCUAAAUGGCAUAUUAUUAUUAUUAUAUUAUUAUUAUCAUCUGACUAUUACCGGAUGACAAAAGAGCAUAAAAUGCCUUUGCAUUACAGUGUACACUAAACAUAUUAACUAAAUUCCUUUUCUUCUUUUGUCAUUUUCAUUCUUUGGUUUCAGUGUUUCUGUGUUUGAAGUUUAUUUGCUUUCCUUUAGUUUUAUUUUCAUUCUUUGGUUUCAGUGUUUCUGUGUUUGAAGUUUAUUUGCUUUCCUUUAGUUUUGUUUGCCAUGUUUUUGUUUUAAGUUGUCUCUGAAUUGCAGCUUUAGCCACAGUAGAGGACUUCCAGAUCCGGCCCCAUGCUCUCUAUGUCCACUCCUACAAAGCGCCCACCUUCUGUGACUACUGUGGGGAGAUGCUAUGGGGCCUCGUUCGCCAGGGGCUCAAAUGUGAAGGUAAGCACGCACGCUCACACACACACGCACACACAACAGGAGGCUGCUGAGGGGAGGACGGCUUAUAAUAAUGGCUGGAAUGGAGUUAAUGGAAUGGUACCAAGCACAUGGAAACCAUGUGUUUGAUGUCUUUGAUACCAUUCCAUUGAUUCCGUUCCAUCCGUUACUAUGAGCCCGUCGUCCCUAAUUAAGGUGCCACAGGCCGCCUGUGUCACACACUCACACAAGCUCUCUUUCACAUCAAAGCUGGGGCGCACUUUGAACCUAAGCCCAAGGUGCAGUCUGAGGGGUACAUUAAGGCUGGUAGGGCCGUGCAGCAGGAAGCCUCAGUGGAGUGUGUGACUUCCUCCCAUUACUAAAGCAGGCCUUUGAAGAGCCGGCCUGUUUGAAUGGAGCCCAGUGUACUGAUGCCAAGCGUUGGACUCAGCCUUCAAAGGCUCUUUAGUGCUGCUGCUCUACCCUCUCCGAUGGAUUCAGCCUGUCCCUCAGUAUAGCACAACCUUCCCCAGGGCCAGUCAGGACAGGAAUGCAACAGACACUCAGAUUGGAGGAAAUAUUUGGACUAUAGCUAGUCAAAUUACAUUUAAAUGUGGAAUUGUGGAAUGCAGAAUUGCAUGUAAUUUGUUAUCAGUGGAUCAGAUCUAUUUUAUUCCCUGCUAUUUUCAUGCCACUAAAAAGCCUUUAAAGCUUUCUCUGAGGAAGAAUGAGAUCCAUUGACUGCAUGUAGAGCCCUCUUGUGGACAUUUAAGAGAAUUAAGCUGGUGGGAAGAAUCUAAUUGGUGCUGCCCUACUGUACUAACUUACUGAUUUUCCUUCUUGGGACUGAUUAUUCCAAGACGUGUCUUAAGAUGUCUCAAUAUGUCUUCACAAAUAUCUCAAGACAUGUCUAUGGCUGAGUAUGAAGUGUUGCAUGGCUGAGUUUAUCAAGCCCAAUGCCGACAUCCAAAGAAACAGUCUGUUUGUGUUUGUUGCGUAUAGCGUGUACUGUACAGAAUGUGUGUUAUUCUUUAUGUGUAAUUAGUGACCCCUGUGUACUUCCAGGAUGUGGGCUGAACUACCACAAGCGCUGUGUCUUCAAGAUCCCCAACAACUGCAGUGGGGUGAGGAAGAGACGUCUGUCCAACGUGUCCCCGCCGGGCCCCUCGCUCUCAGUCCCCCGGCCCCUCCCUGGUCCCACCGAACAUGCUGUGGUCGUCCUGGAGGAGGUAAGACCUGCGCUUCCAUUGGUGGAGAGAGAUGUCCUGUGGUAAAGAUACAUUCUGUACAAUGUAAAGAGCUUUGAGACCCAGUGAAAGGGGCUAUGUAAAUGCAUUCCCUUAUAAAGUUACACCCUUGCACAGUUUAGUGCUUACAAAGCGAAAAUGCUGUCCAUCAACACCCCUUGUGAAUGUACUGUAGGGUUUUGAUCUACAGUACAGUUACUAACCAGCUCUAACCAGUUACUUUCUCAUAUGUUCAAUGUGAUUGUAAUCUAACUGUAAUUCUGAUUGAGACACAUUUGUCAGUUGGCAAAACAUCAACUACUAGGUAAUGUCUAGUUGUUUCUUAUCAAUUGUCUAAGUUUGUCUGCCAAAUCUCUUGAAAUAUCUUAUUGUAAAACACGACAGCAAAUUGAAUUAUAUAAACUAGGAUUAUGAAACGUGCUUGUAUGAGGCUAGCUGGAUGGAGGCUAGCUGGAUGGAAUAUUCUCCAUGGUGACCAGUGCUUAUGAAAGGUCAAUGCAAAUACAGUUAGACCAAUGAAAUGAACCCCUUGUUAAUUCUAGCCCAUAUUUGUGCAUUUUGCACUGUGAUGCUGUCUCUCUCACUAAACGGACCCUCCAUCCCUCCCCUCCUUCCCUCUUUUGCUAUGUCCUUCCUUCCUUUUUUUCAUCUCUCCCUCACUCCCCCUUCCCUUGGUUCACAUACUUGUUCCAUGUGCCCCUCCUUCCCUCUCCCUCUCCCUCUCUCCUUUCUUCCUUCCACCUCCUCCUCUCCUUAAUCUGUCCCCUGCAGCAGCGCUCCCACCAGGAGGCAGGGAAGAGGAUCCUGUCGUGGAGUGGCCGGCCCAUCUGGAUGGAGAAGAUGGUGCUGGGGCGAGUCAAGGUGCCUCACACCUUCGCCAUCCACACCUACACCCGGCCAACCAUCUGCCAGUACUGCAAACGGCUGCUCAAGGGCCUGUUCCGCCAGGGCAUGCAGUGCAAAGGUAAGGUCCUACCUUCCUUUGUCUCUUUUUCUUUGUAUGUCCCUCUGUCCAUAUCUUCCUAGACCUCUUUACCUUACUGUCGCUAGAGUUUCAAGUUGUGCUAUUAAAUCCAUGUUUUCUAUACUUCCUUUUCAGAUUGUAAAUUCAAUUGCCAUAAGCGGUGUGCAUCAAAGGUACCAAGAGACUGCUUGGGCGAGGUUUCCUUCAAUGGAGGUAGCUUCUGUUUUCCUGUUUUAUUUCACAUUGGUAUCAUGCCCAUGUCAUGAGAUAUACAGUAGCUGAGUAGCAUAUCUGUCAUUGUGUGUGUCCACAGAGCCUGCCAGCCCAGGACCUGACUCUGACAGCACCAUGGAGGUGGACAGUAGUGAUGUAGAGAGCACUAGAGGACUACUGGAUGACUCUGAGGAACCUUCAACCCCAGAUGACAAGAUGUUCUACAUGGACUCUCCUUUCCUGGACCGCGAGAAGGACGAGGAGCCCAUCAAGACCAUCAGGUAUUUACGUUACUGGGACAGCUGUACGUUAACUUACAGUUAUCAGAGCAAUAGUUGUGUACACAAAGACCAUGUAGCUAUUUAACUUCUUCCUUGCCAUUAUUGCUCCUGCUUGCUCAGGUCCAGGUUGCUGCUAAGCACUUUGUGACAAAUGUUUUCAUAAAAAGUGCUGUGUGUGUCCAGCCCAUCCACCAGCAGUAACAUCCCUCUGAUGCGGGUGGUCCAGUCCAUCAAACAGACCAAGAGGAGGAGCUCCACCAUGGUGAGGGAGGGCUGGAUGGUCCACUACACCAGCAGAGACAACCUGAGGAAGAGACACUACUGGAGGCUGGACACCAAGAGCCUCAGCCUGUUCCAGAAUGACACUGGAGCCAAGUUCUAUAAGGUGAGAGAGCAACAUCACAGAUCAACUAUUACCUGACAUAGGCAGAGGCAUGGUGGAAUGAAAUGGAGAGUCUGCAUUUACAUUGGACUUUCUUACAAUCUAUUAAAAAUAUCACAGAACAACAUAACCUUAGACCAUUAAUUUACCAUUCUCUGAGUCUAUACAGUGUCUAAAACCCAAUGAAUGGUUUCAACCAAACACUGAAUUUCCCCAAAAUAAAUUGACCCGUUUUUUUUGUUGCUGAUAUUUCAAGAUGUGUUUUAUUGUCUGGGGUGUACAGUAUGUAAAAGGGCCUGCCCAAUGUAAUGGUGUCAGUGGUGGUGUGUGAAUAAGACUGGGGGCUGCUGUGUUGCAACUAUAAACUACAGUGAGGUCAGUGACACAGAGAAAAUCCCCCAGCCUGCCUCCUGUGGUUUCACAGGCAGUCCAAUGACAUUUCUGCACGGCUGCAGUGAAAGGGCUUUUGCUUCUAUCUAUAGCCACCUUGUCAUCAGCAGUAUUUUACUGUGAAAAUGUUAAGGGUUUUUGCUGGGGAAAUCUGAUAAAAAAAGGGAUGUCCAACACAUUUAUAAAAUACAUUGUAACAAGUUGCAUCAUCCAUAUCAGAUAUCCUCUUUCAAAUGCCAAACCAUCACCAUAAACGUUUCUUGUCAAGUUCAAAUAAAUUUGAACUGUGUAAUUAUGAUUUCCAAAUGCUUUAACUCAAGCUUCAGAGAGUAUGUGACAGUUCCACGGUGACACCAGUGGUGUAAGCAGUAUGUACCAUGCCCCAGGGGCUUAAUAGCUGUGUAAUUAGACACUGGGGACUGAGGUAUCCAGGCAGGCAGGCAGGCAGUCCUCAUUCCCUCAGUGUAAAGGCUUCCACAUGUUCAGUACAGCCUUGCGACUUUGAGCCUUUCCCAGCCUCUGUACCAUGUGGCUGUUUCACUUUGACACCUCCCCCAAUUGUGGCUAGAGAUAUGACGCAGUGGGACAGUGUUUAUGUUGCUACGGUUUCUAGCUACUUUUGUUUUGUGAGAUGUUCAGUGUCUGUGUGUGUAUGAGAGAGAGAGAGAGAGAGAGAGAGAGAGAGAGAGAGAGAGAGAGAGAGAGAGAGAGAGAGAGAGCCAUAGAGAUGAGAGAAUCGAGAGAUACUAGCAUCGAGGAGAGAGAAGCUAGAGCCUCUACAGAAGAAUCGAUACUCUCCGACUCCUGAGCGCGGCUAUCUGAUCGAUAUCUCUCUCGCGCUACUUACCUCCCCCUCUUCUCUCGCCAACCUCGCCCAUUUGCAGGCCAGAGGCUAAAUAAAGUGUAUUUGUAUGAUCGCCACCAUUGGGCCUGCCAUUUUCAACACGUUUAAGAGGUAUUUUCUACACUGAGCUCCACUAUCCCAGUGGUAAACUAGCUGGAACAGACACACCCUCCAUCUUCCCAGUGAAAACAGUGGAUAGGAAAGGCUGCUUUACAUUAUUGUUUAUUUUCAACUUGGCACUCAGCUCAGCUCUCAGCACUUAAUGACGUUCAGGAGACUAAUUGAAGAAUAGCUGUUUGUGAAUGUGUUUUUUAUUUUUCUCUCAAAUAUUGUCCUAUGGGUCGUUCUGUUUUAUAUGUUGUUGCUAGUGUGUGCACAGAUUGGGCCAGUGGUGACAUUAGGUUAUCCAAUGUAGCCUCUGUCUCUUGGGUGUUUCCCCCCACUGUCUCUCAAUUCAAUGUACUUUAUUGACAUGGAAAGUAAAACACUUACAUUGUCAAAGUAAACAUAAUAACAACGAUGGUUAACGGUGGCUCAUUCUCUCUCUCUCUCCUGUUCUCCUCAGCCCCUAGCCCACUGUCGUGUGGCUGUCCCCUCCUCUCCUCUCUCUACCUCCAGUCAUCUGAUUAGCGGUGGUGGUUGUGUGGCGACGCAUCAGAUGGCUGCCAUUUUCUACAUUUGGAAGUCAUAUAGGCUUCUUUUUUGAAGAUGAGACCCCUAUACUUGUGGUUUCCAAAACCCUUUUAUGGGGGUAAGGGGGCUUCACUCUGUCUCUAGCAGAUUACCCCCCCCCCAAAGGGGAGGAGGAUGAGGGAGACAAGGCACUACAGGGACUCCUAUUGGCUAGGGACUUCCUUCUUCUUCUUUGAUUGCAUUUGACAGAGAGGCUGGAGGGAAGGGGGACUUUUAAAGUGUGCUCAAACUGCCCCUUGCACCACAUAUCUGUCAGAUAGAGGCUGGGCACUAGACAGGGGCUGUGCAUACACUGCGCUGUGGGAAGGGACUAGGACCUACUUUGAGUUACUCUUUCUGGUACGCGUGCUAAACUGAGGGAGAUUUUUCAGUGGUUACCUCUGACUUGUGGGGGAUUUGGUGUUUGCUUACGUCUGAUCUGACUGUCUAUCUUGUGAGUGAUUGAUUCAGUGAAUCUUGUCUUUCUCUGUCUUUCUCUUGUCUUUCUUUGAGUAUUCACUAGACUGUGGUAUUUUAUGUGUAUCAUGGUUGUAUUCAUGGUUGUAUUUGUCUUCUGUGCCUCUCUCUCCCUAAUCAAUAGCAGUGAUGGCAUUGCUUUCUUUGUUUGUGUCUGUUAUGACCCUGGUCUCUCUCUUACUCAUUCUGUCUGUCUGUCUGUCUGUCCUUUCUUUCUUUCUUUCUUUCUUUCUUUCUUUCUUUCUUUCUUUCUUUCUUUCUUUCUUUUUCUUUCUUUCUCUUCUCUCCUCUCCCUCUCCCUCUCCCUCUCCCUCUCCCUCUCCCUCUCCCUCUCUCUCUCUCUCUCGCUCUUGCCCCUCUUUCCCUCCCUCCCUCAUGGCCCACAGGAGAUCCCUCUCUCAGAGAUCCUGCAGGUGGAACAGUCGAGGGACCUCAGCAGCCUAGCCCAGGGCAGCAACCCACACUGCUUUGAGAUCAUCACCUCCACCAUGGUCUACUACGUUGGGGAGAAUAAUGGGGGCCAAUACCACAGCCCUGCGCUGGCAGCCUCGGGCGUGGGCAUGGAGGUGGCCCAGGGCUGGGAGAAGGCCAUCCGUCAGGCUCUGAUGCCUGCAACACCCCAGCCCAGUGUGGCCACCGCAGCCGGGCAGGGGAAGGACCACAGUGAGUACAGUACCAUUCUCUACUGUUAACAGGGUAGACAUGUUGCUAUGGCUAUUGGAAGUUGUACUGACUGGCUGGUGGUCUGGUUUAGGCUACUGAUCAUAGCGUGAGUGCAGUAGUUAUUUCUAUUGGAGGUAGCACUGACAUAUUUUACAUAUUGGAGCUAUUGGCACUAGCACUGGAAAGGUGGUAUGAAAUUAGAUUAUGUGAGCGAUGGAAAUAGUACUAUUUGAGCCCAUAAAAUUGGUCAUUGCAGAUAUCGGUCAUUUAGUGGUUUGAUAUUUUACAUUAGUGUGCAGUGGGUCAGGAGAAUCCCCAUUAAAUGCUUGAAUCUCCAAGUUAAGGUCAAGUGAGGUUAUAUUCUGAAGUGAGAAAACAGUCAGUCUUGUUUUGAGAUAACAAACAUGGCAUCAUCAGAAAUGACUGUACCUACAGACACAGCAAAGCCUUGAAUUGAGAAGCCGGGGUUUACCUCUUCCCCCCUGUGAUGAUAGUCAUACGAUUUUUAAGAUAAGAUAUACUUUUUUGUUCAUUAAUUUACAAAGAACAGAAAUGUGUCUUUAUGCUCACAACCCAAACGCCUGAGAAACGCACAUCCUCCGAAGGGCUGGAAGCAAUGGGUCAGCCGCAGUGCAGCACCCCUGGAUCAAUUAUAGGGGAUUAAGUGCACAACGGCAGGCGGUGGUAUCUAGGAUGAUGCCAGCAACCCUCCGGUUGUCGGCUCACUCCGCACCAGAUUAUCCCGUCUGAGCUGGGAUUUGAACACUAGGCUUCCUGCCACCCCAAUCAAAUUGAUCAUCAUUAUUAUGAUAAUGAUGAUGAUGAUGAUUUUAGAGCAGGGAUUAUCAACUAGAUUCAGCGGCGGGGUGUUUUUGAUCGGAUUGGAUGGUCGGGGGGCUGGAACGUAAUUAUAAUAAAUGUUAUACUACAACUAAGCGUAAAAAGAGAUUGUAUUUGAAAAUAAUAAUUUCAUACCUUGGUUAAGGUGAGAUAUGAUCACAUACAGUGAGGGAAAAAAGUAUUUGAUCCCCUGCUGAUUUUGUACGUUUGCCCACUGUCAAAGAAAUGAUCAGUCUAUAAUUUUAAUGGUAGGUUUAUUUGAACAGUGAGAGACAGAAUAACAACAAAAAAAUCCAGAAAAACGCAUGUCAAAAAUGUUAUAAAUUGAUUUGCAUUUUAAUGAGGGAAAUAAAUAUUUGACCCCCUCUCAAUCAGAAAGAUUUCUGGCUCCCAGGUGUCUUUUAUACAGGUAACGAGCUGUGAUUAGGAGCACACUCUUAAAGGGAGUGCUCCUAAUCUCAUCUUGUUACCUGUAUAAAAGACACCUGUCCACAGAAGCAAUCAAUCAAUCAGAUUCCAAACUCUCCACCAUGGCCAAGACCAAAGAGCUCUCCAAGAAUGUCACGGACAAGAUUGUAGACCUACACAAGGCUGGAAUGGGCUACAAGACCAUCACCAAGCAGCUUGGUGAGAAGGUGACAACAGUUGGUGCGAUUAUUCGCAAAUGGAAGAAACACAAAAUAACUGUCAAUCUCCCUCAGCCUGGGACUCCAUGCAAGAUCUCACCUCGUGGAGUUGCAAUGAACAUGAGAUCGGUGAGGAAUCAGCCCAGAACUACACAGGAGGAUCUUGUCAAUGAUCUCAAGGCAGCUGGGACCAUAGUCACGAAGAAAAAUUUUUGUAACACACUACGCCGUGAAGAACUGAAAUCCUGCAGCGCCCGCAAGGUCCCCCUGCUCAAGAAAGCACAUAUACAUGCCCGUCUGAAGUUUGCCAAUGAACAUCUGAAUGAUUCAGAGGAGAACUGGGUGAAAGUGUUGUGGUCAGAUGAGACCAAAAUGGAGCUCUUUGGCAUCAACUCAACUCGCCAUGUUUGGAGGAGGAGGAAUGCUGCCUAUGACCCCAAGAACACCAUCUCCACCGUCAAACAUGCAGGUGGAAACAUUAUGCUUUGGGGGUGUUUUUCUGCUAAGGGGACAGGACAACGUCACAGGAUCAAAGAGACGAUGGACGGGGCCUUGUACCGUCAAAUCUUGGGUGAGAACCUCCUUCCCUCAGCCAGGGCAUUGAAAAUGGGUCGUGGAUGGGUAUUCCAGCAUGACAAUGACCCAAAACAAACGGCCAAGGCAACAAAGGAGUGGCUCAAGAAGAAGCACAUUAAGGUCCUAGAGUGGCCUAGCCAGUCUCCAGACCUUAAUCCCAUAGAAAAUCUGUGGAGGGAGCUGAAGGUUCGAGUUGCCAGACGUCAGCCUCGAAACCUUAAUGACUUGGAGAAGAUCUGCAAAGAGGAGUCGGACAAAAUCCCUCCUGAGAUGUGUGCAAACCUGGUGGCCAACUACAAGAAACGUCUGACCUCUGUGAUUGCCAACAAGUGUUUUGCCACCAAGUACUCAUUAAAAUGCAAAUCAAUUUAUAACAUUUUUGACAUGCGUUUUUCUGGAUUUUUUGUUGUUGUUAUUCUGUCUCUCACUGUUCAAAUAAACCUACCAUUAAAAUUAUAGACUGAUCAUUUCUUUGUCAGUGGGCAAACCUACAAAGUCAGCAGGGGAUCAAAUACUUUUUUCCCUCACUGUAUCAAUUUUUUUAUUUGUGGGAAUAUUUGUGAACAGAUUUCCUGAAUUAAAGAAAUGUUUAGCUCAAUUCCUGGUGAUUCUUUAUUCUCCCCCCCCCCAUAAAAACUAAAAAUAUGACUAAAAAUUUGACACAUUCAACCGGUCGCUCACCUGUGGGCACAACACAUUACACCUGACGUAGAUUCAGGGGAUUAUCUGUGUGUGUUCCUCUUCCAUCUCAUCCAGUACAGUAAUGCACAUUCUAAUAAUGAAGAUGGCCGAAUCAGACUAGUGGUCUUUGUUUCCCUUUCGGUUAUGAAAUAAACACACUUCUGGUUCAGUGCCCACCAUCACCAUGGCAGGUUAGAAUGUUUAUUCAUCAUUUGUGUUAGAUUGGAUAUGAGAUUAAAUGAGCGCCAUUGCCUGCCAGCCCAUAUAUGCCCCUGGAGGCCAUUUGUCUGGCUGUGACUCCUGGUGUAAAGAAGAUGGUGAGGGUGGCAAUGCUAAACAGAUGAGACCCACCACCUCACUACCCCUCAAUAUCCAACCACUCUGAAAUGACAACAAGGGCUUGUGCCCUAUAGUCCUACAAUAUGGUUCUUAGCCAAUGAGUGAGGUACAGGUGGGCAUACUUUGUUGUCCAUAGAGAAGAUGAAAGCUGAGACUAUAUUAUUUGAUUAUACAAUUAUGUUUUAUUGUUUGGCAAAACAUGACUUGGGAACUGCAUAUUGGCCUCAGGAGGCACCCAUAACCCUAACUAUUCAAUAAAACAAAUCUUCCCUAAUCAAUUAUACAGGGUCAUAAUUGUGCAAUGAAAUGCUACAUUACUGUGUGUGCUGUGUGUAGUCCAAGCAGCUGCGAUAGGCUUGAAGGACAUGAAAGAAAGUGAGAAAUGCAUCUCUGUUUAUGAUUAGUUAGGGAUACAUUGGGUCCUUUAUGCAUUUGUAAUGUACAGUUGUUUAAAGUGGACACUGCAUUGGUUUUCCCCUCUAGAACAAGAGUUGUCUAUCAGCAUAUCUGUGUCCAACUGCCAGAUACAGGAGAAUGUGGUGAGUGUGGUCACUUUUUCAGACAAUCUUGCACAAUUUCUCAGCUGUGUGUGUGUGUGUGUGUGUGUGUGUGUGUGUGUGUGUGUGUGUGUGUGUGUGUGUGGUCAUCAAUUUUUUUCUGCUACAUAUGCAUUCUUCAUGGACCAUUAAACAUUGCAUGUCCAUUGUAAAAACAAUAUAUAUAUAUAUUUAAAAACAAAUUAAGUAAGUCACUGAUACACUUAUGGGAAAGGGGGAUUUUCAUACGUACUGUACUUCUGCAUUGGGUGAAAGUGACCCAUUUGUCAUAUCAAUGACCAUCCCAAUACAACAGCAUCUAACCAACUUAUAGCAGUAUAAAUCCACAGUUUAAUGUAUAUUAGCACUAGUAAUACCCUUUAAGAUAAUAAACUACAGUAAUACGGAAGUGUUUCCCUCUCUGUAGGAUAUCAGCUCUGUAUACCAGAUCUUCUCUGAUGAGGUGCUAGGAUCUGGACAGUUUGGGAUUGUGUAUGGAGGUGUGUGCCUGGAUGUCAAUUUUUUGAUGUAUUGCAACUAAACAUAUUGUAUUCUCUCAACCCAAACCAAAACACACACCCACUUUAUGCCAGUUACUCACCUCUAUCUUUAUGAUACUAUACAGUAUACAGUAUAGGUACAUAUUGACACAUUCUUUAUUUCUGUUGGCAGGGAAACACAGAAAGACUGGAAGAGAUGUGGCCAUCAAGGUGAUUGACAAGAUGAGGUUUCCUACCAAGCAGGAGAGCCAACUGAGGAAUGAAGUGGCCAUUCUCCAGGUAACACAUAGAACCUCAUGCUGUACCAGUCAGAUGUAUACAGUAGUCAUUCUUGCUGAGUUUCAAACAGUGAAACUGUAACGUGGUACAGUAUGGCGUGUUGAAGCUAAAGGUUUGUUCCCUCGUUUAGAACCUUCACCAUCCUGGCAUCGUCAACCUGGAGUGUAUGUUCGAGACGCCUGAGAGGGUGUUUGUUGUCAUGGAGAAGCUCCAUGGAGACAUGCUGGAGAUGAUCCUGUCCAGUGAGAAGAGCAAGCUCCCAGAACGCAUCACCAAGUUCCUGGUCACACAGGUCUGUCUUUAUCUCUCAUUCUUGCCCUCUCUACUUCUCUCUAACUUCCCUCCCCUCUAUCUCUCUGUCCUUCCUCAUCUUUCACCCACUUUCUCUCUUCCUUCCUCCCCCUCUCUCUUGUGGUGUGGUAAUCUAUAUUAGCUGUAAUAGACUCAGCCCUGGGCCUGUUUACUCUUGUGGUGUGUGGAUACGGGGGGAUUGUUUACGGGAUAUGCUGGUCUGGAUGGCAUCAUGGCCGUGUCCCUCCUGGUGGAUUACAGCCUGCGGUGCCGUAGUGGUGCGCUGCUCUGCUCUGCUGCCUAGUCUCUGGUCUGUGGGCUGAUUAGAAGAGAGGGGCCUCGGGGCCCAAACAGAAGCGGGUUCAUGAGGCAUGGAGCUGCACAUGAAAAUGAACAGCAGCAGGCCCGGCUCUGAUGUGGUUUAUCAGUACUUUGUCAAAGUCAGGAGUCAGGCAGCAGCAUGGAGUUGCUAGAGGACCACAGCUAAACAUGCGUGCAGCGGUAGCAGCUACAGUUGAUGCUUACACUACAGCAGAGAUGAGACAGUGAUGUAGCUCAGUUGAUAGAGCAUGGCGUUUGCAACGCCAGGGUUGUGGGUUCGAUUCCCACAGGGGGUAUGAAAAAUAAAUAAUGUAUGCACUAACUGUAAGUCGCUCUGGAUAAGAGCGUCUGCUAAAUGACUUAAAUGUAAAUGUAAAUGUGAUGAGAUCAUGUGUCCAUAUAGAAACUAAGAAAGUGACCAUCCUAGAAAUAGCUUAGUGAACUACUAAAAUACUUAUGCAGCUCUCAUUAUCCAUUACAUUUUAUUUUAUGAGUGAAUCCAUUCUGUUAUAUGAGAAGAUCAUUAUGUGGUAUUAUGUGGUCUGAUCUCGCUAACCCAUGGGCGUUGGGCUAUGUUCUGUAACAGAUCCUGGUGGCUUUGAGACAUCUGCAUUUCAAGAACAUCGUCCACUGUGACCUGAAGCCUGAGAACGUGCUGCUGGCCUUAGCAGAGCCCUUCCCACAGGUAACAACCAGCAACCUCUCACCUGUCAGACAAGUUUGCUAUCUUUCUAGCAAAAUAUUGGUUGUAUGUGAAUGGAGGAGACAAUGUAGCAUUCUCGUGUGUGUUUGUGUAUCCUGGCAGGUUAAACUGUGUGACUUUGGCUUUGCCCGUAUCAUCGGUGAGAAGUCGUUCAGGCGUUCGGUGGUGGGUACCCCAGCCUACCUGGCCCCAGAGGUGCUGCGUAGUAAGGGCUACAACCGCUCCCUGGACAUGUGGUCAGUGGGGGUCAUCGUUUACGUCAGCCUCAGCGGGACAUUCCCCUUCAACGAGGACGAGGACAUUAACGACCAGAUCCAGAACGCUGCCUUCAUGUACCCACCCCAGCCAUGGAAGGAGAUCUCUGCAGAAGGUAGGAAGGAAGCCCCGUUUGAAUAAUAUUUCAAUGCAUGAAUGCUAAGUAAGACAAGUGAGGACACACAUCUCUGUAAAGUGUGUAACGUAACUAAUGAGUCCAGUCAUACAGCUGAGGAAGUAGACCAAAAGUGUGAUAUAACAAGCAGUCAUUUGAAGCAACUGGAAGUUAGUUUGUCUUAGUUAUCACUUGUAUACCAAGUUGCACUAUGAUUUUUCAUAUAUAGUAGUGUAGGCGUAUGUGGGGGAUAUUUAGAUGGGGCAGCUGGGGAGAGUUGUCAGUGAUUCAUGUAAACCACACACAACAGAAAAGUCAAAGAGCCACAGGAUAUGAAAACCACGCUGGUAGAUCCAGACGUGUGGGUAGAAAGACAGCACUGAUGUUUCAUGUCUACCUCUCACUUUGAGACUAACAUUAAGUCUCUAUUCAUCUCACAGCUACAGAUCUCAUUAACAACCUCCUACAAGUGAAGAUGAGGAAGCGGUACAGUGUGGACAAGUCCCUCAGCCAUCCUUGGCUACAGGUAUUAUAAUAGCCUAAUUAUACUGUAAGCAGUGCACAGGCACAUCUAACAAAACAUUCACACACAUUUCAUGAUGUGACCUAGAACAAGGCAGACAUUGUAUUGGAUCUCUGCUGUAACUCCUCUCCUCUCCUCUCCUCUCCUCUCCUCUCCUCUCCUCUCCUCUCCUCUCCUCUCCUCUCCUCUCCUCUCGUCUCGUCUCGUCUCCUUUCCUCUCCUCGCUCUCUCUCUCUCUCUCUCUCUCUCUCUCUCUCUCUCUCUCUCUCUCUCUCUCUCUCUCUCUCAGGACUACCAGACGUGGCUGGACCUCAGGGAGUUUGAGACACGACGUGGCGAGCGUUAUAUCACCCACGAGAGUGACGACGUGCGCUGGGAGGAGCAUGCAGAUGAGCACAGCCUGGUCCACCCUAAACACUUCAUCAUGGCGCCCAACCUGGAUGAUAUGGAGGAGGGCCCC